AUGGAAAUAAUAAAAAAUAAUUUUAAAGGAAAUAAUUUCAAAAAUCGGUUUACCAGUGGAAAUAAAAAAAUUGAUGAUUUUAUUCAAAGAGAGAAUGAUAGGCGGAUGGUUAAGUUUGAAUGGAUAUCAUACAAUCAAUUUAUUGAUAUUGAAGAAACGGACGUACAAGGUUUUGUUACGGCAAUAUGGAAAGAUAGCUCAUUAGAGUUUUAUGAAGAUUUUGGAAUGUAUAUAAGAGAUUUAAAUAAAAAAGUUGUUUUAAAAAUUUUUAAUAACUCUAAUAACUCUCAAAAUAUUUCUUAUGAAUUUUUAAACAAGGUAAAAUCAUAUUUAACAACAGAGGAUGAGUUUAUUACAAAUUCAUUAUAUUAUGAUGGUAAUGAUAAUUAUAAUUAUUGUUAUGGAAUGUCUCAAAAUCCAGAUACAAAAGAUUAUAUUUUAGUUUUUCAUGAAAAAUAUCUUGAAACAUGUUGUAAGAACUGUGGUGAGAAUUACUCAGAUAAUAUAAUAUUUGAAUGGAUACCAUACAAUCAGUUUACUAGCAUUCAAGAGAUAGGAAAUAUUGGUGCUAUAGCAAUAUGGAAAAAUGGUCCAUUAUAUUAUAAACCAUAUUUAAAUAAAUAUGAAAGAAAAUUGAUAAAUGAAAAUGUUAGUUUAAAAUAUUUAUCCAAUAUAUUAGAUAUCCUUGAUGAAUUUUUAGAUAAGGUUAAAUCAAAAGAUAUUGCCAGUUAUGGAAUGUCUCAAAAUCCAUAUACAAAGGAUUAUAUCCUGGUUUCCCAUAAAGAAUAUUUUGAAAUAUAUUGUUUAAAAUGUGAUGAAGAAUAUAUAAAUAUAAAAUAUAAAUGGUGUAAACCAUGUCAAAUUGAUUUUUUGAAAAAUAAUUUUAUAAACUGGACCAGUGGUAAUAAACAAAUCGAUAAUUUUAUUCAAGAAAAGCAAUUACAAAUUUAUAAUCCAUCAGAAAUGGUAUUUGAAUGGAUACCAUACAAUCAGCUUACUGGCAUUCAAGAAAUAGAAAAUAUUGGUACUAUAGCAAUAUGGAAGAAUGGUCCAUUAUAUUAUAAUUCAAAUUUAAAUAAAUAUGAAAGAAAAUUGGAAAAUGAAAAUGUUAGUUUAUCUGAUAUAUUAGAUAUCCUUGAAGUUUUAGAUAAGGUUAAAUCAAAAGAUAUUGUCAGUUAUGGAAUGUCUCAAAAUCCAGAUACAAAGGAUUAUAUUUUGGUUUCUUAUAAAGGAUAUUUUGAAAAAUAUUGUUUAAAAUGUGAUGAAAAAUAUACAAAUAUGAAAUAUAAAUGGUGUAGACCAUGUCAAAUUGAUUACUUGAAAAGUAAUUUUAUAGACUGGACUAAAAUUAAACAAAUUGAAGCUUUUAUUGAUUUUCUUCAAAAAGAGCAAUUCAAAUGGAUACCAUAUGAACAGUUUAGUGAUAUCAAAGAAAUAGGAAAUAUUGGCGCCACAGCAAUAUGGAAAAAUAAGCCAUUAAUAUAUGACUUCUUAAUAGGCCAACAAAGAUCAGUUGCUUUAAGAUAUUUGUAUAAUUUGCAAUAUAUAUCUGAUGAGUUUUUAAGUAUGAUUAAAUCAAAAGAUAUUACCAGUUAUGGUGUGUCUCAAAAUCCAGAUACAAAAGAUUAUAUUUUAGUUUUUCAUGAAAAAUAUCUUGAAAAAUUUUGUAAGGAUUGCGGGGAGAAUUAUCCAGAUGAAAUAAAUAAAUGGUGUAAAUCAUGUCAAAUUGAUUUUUUGGAAUGUAAUUUUGCAAGUUGGACCAGUGGAGAUAAGCAAAUUGAUUGUUUUAUUCAAGAAAAGCGAUCACAAAUUGAUAGUCCAUUAGAUAUAGUAUUUGAAUGGAUAUCAUACAAUCAGUUUAGUGAUAUUAGAGAAAGAGAAAAUGGGUUUGCUGCAGCGGUAUGGAAGGAUGGUCCAUUAAAAUUUGAUAGAUGUUCAAAAAAAUAUGUAAGGAAUUUAAACAGAAAUGUUGCUUUAAAAUACCUAUAUGACUUUCAAUAUAUUACUGAUGAAUUUUUAAACAAGGUGAACUCAUAUUUAACUAGUUAUGGAAUAUCUCAAAAUUCAGAUACAAAAGAUUAUAUUUUGGUUUUUCAUGAAAAAAUGUUUGAAAAUUCUUAUGAAUAUUUAAAUAAAUAUUUAGAAAAGUGUUUAGAAGAACAUUUUGAAAAAUAUUGUGUAAAAUGUGGUAAAGAAUAUACAAGUGAAGUAUAUAAAUGGUGUAAAUUAUGUAUGAUAAAUUGUAAGAAUAUAAGAAUUGUUAACGUCAUUAAAAUUAAUUCUAAAAUUAAGUGGAUACCAUAUAAUCAAUUAAGUGAUAUCAAAGAAAUAGGAAAAGGUGGUUUUGCUACAGUAUAUUCAGCAAUAUGGAAUAAUAGGAAAGUUGCUUUAAAAUGUUUACAUAAUUCUCAAAAUUUCAUUUAUGAAUUUCUAAAUGAGGUUGAAGUUUAUUUAGCAUAUACAAAUCAGAAAUUUAGUAAUAUUCUUAAAAUAUAUGGGAUGUCUCAAAAUUCAGAUACAGAAGAAUUUAUUAUAGUUCUUGAAUAUGCAGAAGGUGGAAACUUUAAUGAUUAUUUAUAUAGAAAUUACAAAAGUUUUAAUUGGUCAAAUAAAUUACAAAUAUUAAUGAAUAUUAUUAAAGGUCUUAAAGAAAUUCAUCAAAAGCAGAUGAUCCAUCGUGACUUUCACACGAAGAAUAUAUUGUUUAAGCAUAUAGAAUAUAUCAAUAUAUGUAUUUCAGAUAUGGGAUUAUGUGGAGAAGUUGGUAAUAUUGAUGAAACAAAAAUUUAUGGAGUUGUAGCUCCUGAAGUAUUAAGAGGAAAACUUUAUACUCAAGCAGCAGAUAUAUAUAGUUUUGGAAUGAUUAUGUAUUUUGUAGCAACUGGAAGUCAACCUUUUGCCAAUCGUGCUCACGAUAAACUUUUAGCUUUAGAUAUUUGUAAUGGAAUUAGACCUGAAAUAAAUGAACCAAGAGCACCAAAAUGCUAUAUCGACUUAAUGAAAAAGUGUUGGGAUUCAAAUCCAAAUAAUAGACCAAAUGCUGUUAAGAUAGAAAGAUUUAUUUGGUUAUUUCAUUAUUCACUUACAUUAAGCGCAUCAGAGUUUAAAUUUUUUAUGAAAAUUGAAAAAGAGCAACAUUAUGAAAUUGAAAAACAAUUUAAAGAAGCAGAAGAAUAUAGUAAAGAAAAUCCUCUAUUUAUUGAAGAUAUCCAAUCAACUACACAUCCACAAGCUAUAUAUACAUCUCGAUUACUUAAUCAUUUCACAAAAGAUCUUCCUUCAGAGUGUUUAGAUUGCGAAAUCUGA